AUGCAGUUUGGCAGCCCGAGGGCCGCGGGCCCCAGCGAUGGGGGGCUGGGGGAGGCCGGGGGCGGGCCCUGGACUCCGGCCAGCCCCUUCGGAGCCGAGGGGGAGGGAGGGCAGGGCGGCCUGGGGGAGGGGAGCUGGGGUGAGGGCGGGACACGGCCCGAAGCCGCCUGCGGCUCUGAAGCUUGGGGUCUCCCGGGACACUGGGACGUGGGGGCCGAAGACCCCAAGCCGCAGCCUCGGCAAGGCCUCGUCCUUCACCGUGCAGAUGCGAAGCUUUCAAGGACACGUCUGCACCGGCCCAGCGGGGGCUCCCACCCCCUGCGUUUUCCGGUCCCCGCGGCCCGGGUCCGGGAUCUUCGCCCGCCCCCGCCCCGCCCCCACACUGCGGCGCCGCCACCGCCACCGCCACCGCCGCCGCCGCCGCCGCCGCCGCCCGGGGCCAGCGCCGCGCGCGAGAGGACAGCCCGGGCUCCGGAGCGGACCUUCAGCUGCUCCUGCCCGCCCACGCCUCCGCCCGCUGCUCGCCCCCCGCGGCCGCGCUGGCCCCGGCCCCGGCGCUGCGGAGCCGGCCCGCGAGGCAGCGCCGACUUGGGGGCCCCGGGGCGCCGCGGCGGGAGCGGCAUGGGCGCGCGGCCGGUCCUAGCGCCCUCGGCCCGACUUCCCGGCCCCUACGUCCCUGCUGGGGGUCCCCGCACGCUGCAGGUCGGAGAGCCGGACCCCGCAGUGCCCCGACCCUGCGCAGGGCCCGGGCACCCCGCCUCGGCCAUUUCUCCCGGCCACUCCGCCGGGGGCCUGCGGCAGCCCUCACCACCCCCCCGGCCCGACCCUGCGCGGGGCGCCCCGCUACCUGGCGCUGCUUCUGCGCUGGGUCCCCGCAUCCAGCACUGGCCUCAGGGACAGCGGCCCCUCCUCUCCCGCGGCCGGUGUCAAGUGCCUCCCCCCCGGCAGCCCGCGGAGCCCCCGGCGGCUUUCGCCCUGCAGUUCUCCCGACCUCCACCAGAGCCCACUGCACUCUGCCUGCCUCAGCACUGGGGCUGGGGACAGCAGCGCCGGCCCAUCCGCGUCGCAACCCCCACGCCACCCGCCACCCCCGCCAGGUGCCGCCGCCGAGUAGAGGCCAGUCCAUUCAACAGGGCCAAGGUCGGGGCGCCGGGCCUAUCCAGGCCGUCUUGGAGGCUCGAGCACCUCUAUUGGAUGAGCCUCCCUUGA